GUGAGACUCUGGAGGAGACUCUGAGGAGGGAGGUGGCGGAGGAGGUGGGUCUGGAGGUCCAUAGUAUCUCUUACAGCUCCUCACAGCACUGGCCUUUUCCCCACAGCUCCUUCAUGAUGGCCUUCCACGCCUCCGUUAGCCCCGCCCACACUCAGUUAAACGUGGACCACGCUGAGCUGGAGGACGCUCGCUGGUUCAGUCUGGAGGAAAUCACCUCCGCCCUGAAGGUAAAGACCCCACCCAGGAGAGGCGACCCUGCUGUCGUCUGGCUUCCUCCCAAACACGCCAUCGGCAACCAUCUCAUCACAGAGUGGGCAGACCGCCAGCGCUGCCGGGAGGAGGGAGAGUAACGGCGGCGAGGAGCUACACGUCAUCCAGACUCCCUGUGGGACUUCUUUAAGAUCAGUAACUGAACUGAAUCAGUCAGAACAAGGUUUUACACUGAGACAAAGACAGGUAAAGGACAGGUAAAGGACAGGUGAAGGACAGGUAAAGGGAACAGGUAAAGGCCAGGUGAAGGUGAUAUUGAAUGAACGUUAAUAUACAGAAAUAUAUAAAUUGUGUGUACCCACUCUAAGGCAGAAAGCAACUCAAUGGACGUUUCAUUUGAUCAACUGAGAUCAAAAAAACCAACUGUGUUAAUUAACAGCUUAAUGUCAUCAUAUUAACGUAAUUAACAUGUUAACACAGAAUUAACAUGUAAUUAUUUAAGCUGUAAAGAACUACCUCUGAUUUUAAAUGUUUUACUGAAUCUGUUAUAAUAUCUGAAUAAAAGAUUUCACUGUCAA